AUGCAUCCGCAAUUUAAUUACAAUGGUGGUCAUUACAACUGGGGAAUGCAGCAGCCGUACUGGAACUAUAAUUCACAUUUAAUGAAUUCUUCUUAUCAAACACCAUCAACUGUCCCUGAAUUUCCGAGCCAGCAAAAUAUUGGAGCAAUAACAAGCUAUAGGCCAAAUGAAUCACAUCAUCUGCAACUUCAUGCUGAAAGUAGUUCCGGCCCUUCUACAUCCCGAGAUUCUUCGUCUUAUUAUGCUACGGAUUCUCCAUCGUCUCUUCCCAUUCCAAAGAAAGUCAAUCACGACAAAGAGAAAUACUUCUCUGACCUUGCCAAGAUUAAUGAAAAGUUGUCUAUGAUCGAUAAAAAAAUUAAUCCAGUUGACGAAUGCAUUGAGGAAAUAGAUGAAGGCAUUGCUUCUUUUCCAUUAAAAAACUUAGUAUUGGAAGCAUUCGAAAAAAUUCUUAAAAAAGAUGAAAAUCUGAAGAAGCUAGUUAGUUUUCAAUAA